CGUCCGUGUGUCGUCCAUUCACCAACCCCUCUCAGUAGUACAUCAUGGUUGCCCUGUCGUCGCUCCAGCAAGCCGUGGCCUGCUUGCCUAUGAAACCUCUCAAACACACCAAACGCACCGACCAAAUCAUGCGCCAACUGCAGCACACAUACAGCAAGCAGUUCAAGUUCUCCAACGGCAAGGCGUUUAUCACGCUUGCGCUCAAGAUCGAAGGGAUGCUGUACCGCGAAUUCCCCAACGACGCCAAUGUUGUCUUGUCGUCGUCGGCCCUGGCACGAAGGCUGCAGCAUGUUGUUGUCAAGGUUCUUAAACUCCAACAACAACCAAAGGACAUGGCGGCCACCACGUGCGCUUCGCUGGCAGCGCCUUGCGCGUCUCCGCCGCGGAGUUUUACGAUCGCAUCCAUGCUGUCGUGAUGAUCCAACGUGAUCCUGUAUAUGUGUGAACGUACGAUGUAUACGUCAAAGUAUGGUAUUUAAUAGAGCAAGCGUAACUCGA